AUGACUACUCGAGAUGAAGAAAUUUUAUCAGAAUUUCACAAAACUUACAACACUGAAGACAAUCGAAGAAUUGUGUCUCUGCCUAGAAAACCAUUGGUCACACCUUUGCCUACAAACAAAAUUAUAGCGGAAAACAGAUUUCAUUCUCUUAAAAAAAGACUUGCAUCUAGUGAUGUGUUAAAGACACAAUAUGACAACUGCAUGCUGAAUUACAUUGAACAAAAGCAUGUUGAAGUUUGUUCCAUAGAUGAAUCCAAUGAGAAGCCAGUAUAUUACCUUCCUCAUCAUGCUGUAAGAAAGAAAACACAAUCUGAAACCAAGUGGAGAAUUGUGUUUGAUGCUUCCUCGCAUGCUCCAGGAAUGAUUUCACUGAACGAUACCUUGGAAGCUGGCCCGAAUCUUCUUCCUGAAUCUAUUGGUUGUCUACUAAGAUUUCGAUUGCAUGAAUUCGCUGUUACAUGUGAUGGUAAGCAAGCUUUUUUACAGUUGUCACUACAUAAAGAAGAUAGGGACGUCACAAAAUUUUUCUGGUACAAAUUAAAAUCUGAUUCAUCUCAACCUACUACUUUUACAGAUGAAAUAACUGUUUACAGAUUUACUCGUUUACCAUUUGGCCUUACUUGCAGUCCGUUUUUACUCUGUGCUGCGACACGAGAAUUGGCUGCAAAACAUAUCGCAGAAUUUCCAAUUGCUGCACCAAUGAUAGAUAAACAUCUCUAUAUGGAUGACUUUCUUGCUAGUAUGGAAACUGAAUCACGCAUUAUAAUGCUAUAUCACGAGAUCAAGAAUUUAAUGGCUCUAAUAAAAUUGCCUAUGGAAAAAUGGGCUACAAACUCUUUGAAACUCAAAGAUGUACUACAAACACAUGAAGAAUCUCACAAAACGGAAACAACUGUCUUAGGUAUGGCUGGCUGGAAUACAACUUCUGAUACUUUGAAGCAUGCAUUCAAGACUUCCCUCUGUGUUUUUACAGACAAACCACUUACAAAGAGAUGGUUACUCCGCUGCAUUGCUAGUUUUUAUGAUCCCUUAGGCCUUUUUUCACCGUUUACUAUUCUUGGGAAAAUCUUAUUCCAAGAUACAUGGAUUCUUGGAAUCAAGUGGGAUGAAUUACUACCUGCUAAUUUAUCAACUUUAUGGUAUGCAGCUGUGAAAGAACUUGAUGACAUUUGCUCCCUUCAAAUUCCUCGAUGCAUAGGGAUUUCAUCACAUGUUCCUUUUGCUAUUCAUGUGUUUUGUGACGCAUCUGAACGUGCCUAUGGUUCAGUUCUGUACAUUGUUACCUUUAAAGGUGACCAAUCGAAUGUGAAUUUAGUGUGUAGUCGCAACAAACUAGCUCCUAUAAAGAAAGUUACCUUACCUCGUUUGGAGCUCUUGGCCGCCCUGAUGGGAGCACGAUUGUUGCAAUAUUUCUGUGCUGAAACAAACAUCUGUUCGUCAAAUGCAACAUUGUGGAGUGAUUCUCAAGUUGUCUUAGGGUGGAUACGCAGUGACCCCAACAAAUGGAAAACUUUUGUUAGCAACAGAGUAACAGAAAUUAUUUCCUAUACCAAUCCUUCACAAUGGAGACACUGCCCUGGCAAAGACAAUCCAGCUGACAAACUUUCUCGAGGUGUUUCACCAUCAACACUAAAAAACCUGGAAAUUUGGUGGAACGGCCCUCCAUGGUUAGUCAAAUCUCUAGAAUAUUGGCCUCAUUCUGAUACUAUUUCUCAAGAUUACAGUCAUAACUUCGAGGCAAAGAAAGAAAAAGUUCAGACCCUUCACAUCGUAUCUACUCAACCAAUCAUAAAGGCUGGAAACUACAGUUCUUACGUUCGAUUGUUACGUGUAACAUCUUGGAUUCUUCGCUUUAUUCACAACUGUAGGAAACAAAAAAAGUUAGUGGGUGAGUUACAUGCCACAGAACUGAAUCAAGCUCGUAUUUAUUGGAUACAGACCGUUCAGAAAGAAUCCUUUCCUUCAGAAUAUGAAGCUCUGUUGACAGGAAAAUCACUCCCUAAGAAAUCAAGGAUAAAACAAUUUAACCCUUUCUUCAAGAACAAUAUUAUACUUCUUGGUGGUCGACUACAAUUUUCUGAUUUAUCUCAUGCUGAAAAACAUCCCAUAUUAUUGGAAGGUUCUCAUCCUUUUACAAGCCUACUGAUACGCCAAACACAUUUACGAAUGCAUCAUCUCGGUGUUCGGAUUGUACUUUCUCAGCUUCGUUCAGAAUAUUGGAUAUUAAGAGCAAGACAAGCCAUUAAAAAGUGA